AUGAAAUUAGCAGAGUAUUCAAAUAUCAAGAGAGACCAACAAGCCUCGUACGAGUACAUUCAGACAAAAGGGUUUAAGCCUUUAGUAUGGACAAUGUCUAAUAGUAGUGAUUGGAAUGAAUGGUUCAAUCAGCAGCACCCAAAGCUUGAUGGAUCAGACUCAGGCCUUGUUCUGAUUCUAUCAAGAAGAAUCGGCGAACCUAUUAUCGAUCCAGUGAAGAGUAUCGAAUCGAAAGACUGGAUCAAGGCUAUCCGAAAAGCAACAGUACACGAUAAAACUGCUUUUGACAAAAGUCUGCACGGCACUGGCGGUCAGCGUAACUUACGAACAUUGCCAUUUUCCGAGCAGUGCUUUCAGGACAUUUCAAAGAAGUUCUUUAUACAUGAUUCGAUCAACAGUGUCGUAAGUCGAGCAAAUAUUUCUCAGUUCUCAGCCGUCAAGCUAGGAAUGGGCAGGCAUGAUGGUCAUGAGCUACCAGCACAUGUAUAUAGCGCCCGAACUUCAAAUGCUUGGGAGGGUGACCUUGCCGUAUCUGCGACGUACUUCCCGCAUUGUAGGCUCACAUUCGCAGUCAUGUUUGGCUGUCCGCUGUCUGUUGAAGCAGAGAUAUUGACACGGCUUGAAAUGGCGACCUACGAGAUAUGCCACCCACUAUUGAUCCCUGAUGUCGUUCUUGCGGAUUUUCAAUUUGGCAAUAGUCAAAAGUUGGAGUCAAUAAGAAGUUCCAGGGGCUAUAUGAGACGAACAGGUGCCAAAUUGCAAGCAAGACUGCGGGAGGUUAUCAAGGACUAUAAUGAAAAGAUUCGAGAGUGCACAGCUGGUUUUGAAGGCAUGGCCAUGACGACGCAAUGGGUUAGUCAUCCUUUUGUCUUCUUUGUCUCUUUCAAAACCUUUGCUAACAGCGUCGAGACUCAAGGUGAAACGAACGUCGAGAUAGCAUUGGCGACUAGUCAGGACUCACGUCAUAUGCGUUCCAUCGCACUACUCACUAUGAUAUUCCUCCCUGGAACCUUUUUUGCAAGUAUAUUCUCGAUGGGAUUCUUUGAGUGGAAACCCGACGAUGGCACGAUAUCUGUGUCUCAGUCCUUCUGGAUCUACGUGGUCCUCGCCCCAGGCUUUACAGCUUUCACCGUUGGAGCGUGGUGGUACAUCGGAGUCUAUCGCUACAAGAGACACAGGAACAUUCCCUCAGCACUCAGUGCAAGACGUUUCCUGAGUCUAAGACCACUCAAGUCUUUGCGACAUCGGGUUGUGAAGGCUAUAAUGGAAAGGGUGAAUAAAAUUUCAUCUCCUCCAUAA